GUGUGCUGGGGCUGGCUGAGAUGUGAACACAGUACAGUGGAAACAACUAACCAUAAUGGCGACUGCUGGUGGAGCAGCAGACCCUGGAUCAACAACCCUGACAGAUAUUAGGACUCGUUUCUGGAGGAGAGCGCUGCAGCGAGGGACCAGUGGCAUCUUCAGAGGAGGUCCUUCAGAGAUGCCCGGCUCCUCAGGCACCACUCAGAGUAUGAAGAAGACCAUUGGCCACCGGGGCGUUGAGACCACCACCGGAGAGACCACCUACAAAAAGACGACGUCGUCUGCCCUCAAAGGUGCCAUUCAGUUGGGCAUUACUCACACGGUGGGCAGCUUGAGUCAGAAGGCCGAGAGGGACGUGCUCAUGCAGGAUUUUGUCGUCGUCGAAAGUAUCUUUUUCCCCAGCGAAGGCAGUAACCUGACUCCGGCUCAUCACUACAGCGAUUUCCGUUUUAAGACCUACGCUCCCAUCGCCUUCCGUUAUUUCCGAGAGCUGUUUGGCAUUCGGCCAGACGACUACCUGUAUUCUCUAUGUAACGAGCCACUGAUUGAGCUCUCCAACCCUGGAGCCAGCGGAUCGCUCUUCUACGUCUCCGGUGACGACGAGUUCAUCAUCAAAACUGUUCAGCACAAAGAGGCGGAGUUUCUCCAGAAGCUCCUUCCUGGAUACUUCAUGAACAUCAACCAAAACAAGCGGACAUUGCUGCCCAAGUUCUACGGACUUUACUGCAUCCAGGCAGGGGGCAAGAAUAUUCGUAUCGUUGUUAUGAACAAUCUCCUGCCCCGGAUAAUCCCCAUGCACCUCAAAUACGACAUGAAAGGAUCCACUUAUAAGAGACGGGCCUCACCUAAGGAGAGGGAAAAGGGCAAUCCCACGUACAAAGACCUGGAUUUUAUCCAGGAUUUGCCCGACGGCCUGCAGCUGGAACCAGACAAUUACAAUGCUCUUUGCAAGACAAUACAAAGGGACUGCCUGCUCUUGCAGAGUUUCAAAAUCAUGGACUACAGUCUGCUGAUGGGCAUUCACAACAUGGACCAGGCCAAUCGGGAGCGCGCCGGAGGCUUUUCCGGGGACAGCGGCGGGUCGGAGGGAGCGGUGACGCCAGAUCAGCGCCGGCCUCUAGCCCAGAAAAGUCUUUACUGUACUGCCAUGGAGUCCAUCCAAGGGGAGGCUCGGGGAAAGGGCGCUUUGGAUUCCGAAGACCACAUGGGAGGCAUUCCGGCUCGGAAUGGAAAAGGAGAGCGCUUACUCAUCUACAUCGGCAUCAUAGACAUCCUCCAGUCUUACAGAUUUGUUAAAAGGUUGGAACACUCCUGGAAGGCAUUGGUGCACGAUGGGGACACCGUUUCAGUUCACAGACCUGGCUUCUACGCAGAGCGCUUCCAACAGUUCAUGUGCAACACGGUGUUUAGGAAAAUCCCACUGAAGCCUUCCCCAUCUAAGAAGAGCCGCAGCGGAGGUCAAGCGGGACUUAGGAGGGCUCCCACUUUGGGAGCUCCCACCCCACUCUCCCACGCAACGGGGCAGUCGGCCAUGGACCCCAGACUGGUUUAUCGCCCCCAUUUUAAAAGCACAGAGUCGGAAGGAGACGGCGUUCAGGCAGGCAGACCGGAUCUGGUUCCCAGGACCCCGCCGCUGCAUGACAACCCCGCUGACUGCGAGGCCAACCUCUCCACCUCGUCUGUAGGCAGCUUAGAACUUGGUUCCUCUCCUCCUCUAAGGUCCGUCGGGGUGGAGGUGCACAAAUCGGCUCACACCGACAAUGAACAGGGUGCUUUUCACAGCUUCGAGGUCGACGGCAGCGGAGACAAUUCAGCCCACCUGUCCGGAAGUGAAGACGCAGUUUCAUUGUCUGACAUCAUCCCCGAGACUAACAUCAAUUUUUAAACAUUUUGACAAAGUGUCAUCUGAAGAGGACGCGUGCCUGAAGGUGGGCAGAGUGAAGGACGGCGAAAGCAGCCCAUCCAUGUCAGACCCCCUGCACCCGUUUCCCCCCCCAACACAUGCAAGGUUUGCCGGAUGAAUCUGCCUGCUGGAGGAAACGCUAAGACGGGCAGCUGUGCGUGCGUGUAUGUAGUCUUUCCCAGCCGCCAACACCCGUCCCAAAUCACCAAGAAUGAGGGUUAUGACCACAAUUAUGUCUUUGUAUCAAUUCAAUUUUUCCUUUCUCCUCAUCUGAGAUUUGUGAGAGUAGUGAAAUCAUGAUGAGUCACCUUUUCAAGUGCGCGCGUGGGCACAGAUGGGAGCAGUACACACUGAAGUGAGUCUGAGUGGGAUCAGAGUUGUGUGACGCCGUUUAUUUUAGUCUUCCUCUUACAGCACAUCAUCUUCCACUCGGUACCGCUGGCGCUUUGAGCCGCCCCGUGUUUUUCCCCAAGCCCCUUAUCGGCAAAUAAGAGGCUACCCCCCCUCACUAAAAUCACGUCGUCUUAAAAUCAUGGAGCAUUUUCUUCAAGUCGUAGGAGAGGGAUGGAACCAGUGCUUGACGAUUAAGUAGGUUUUCAUGCAAAUGCUGGAAGCCGUUGCGGUGCUGCUGAAUGUAUACGUCCCCCCCUUUCUUCAUAGAAUGUGUCUUAUUAAAAUGGAAGAAUGCAUCUGGAUCAUGAUAAGUGCAGUCGGCAGCAAGCACAUGCGCUUCGAUGAAGUAUUAAGCCGACGGCGACGGCCAUUCUGCAGAUGUGGUCAUUUUGUCUGCCGUGUCUGUGCCUUUGUUUUUUUGGGUUUUUUUCUUCUCUCCCCCCCGCCCCAACGCAUUUUUUGUCCCCUCAUCUGCCAUGUGAUUCACGACUGAUAAUUUCUUUUAACAGUAAACACAAACUUGCCUUAUCACUACUGCGGAAACCAUCCGGCUAUCAUUUGAGUGUCUUUUGUCUGCAUUUUCAAAAAUUUUGUCAUGCGAAAGAGUAUCAUGGCCACACUGAAAGAAAAAAAUAAUAAUUCUUAAUUUUAAGUGAACAGCUGUGUAGAGUUUUGGAUGUGUGGAGUUUCGGUCGUCGAGUUGAAAUAAAGCAAAUGGACCUUUUUUUUUUUUUAUGGUUGAACAAGUGUUUAUG